CAUUGGAUGAAAGAAAGGUGUAUGAUUUACAAUUCCCGCCCAGCGCACUUUCCAGUUUAGUGCUGACGCAACAGUCCGCGUUUCGCCACCUUGCAAAUAAAGCCAUUGACACGACAAACCGUAGCGACAAGCAAGUCUCUAACGGAUGGACACAAGCUGCCAACCAAGCAGUCACCCGCCAACCUCGGGCGAAGACACUGGAAUGGCAGCGCCCAUUUUUACUGUUCCAGACGACAUCCUAAUCCGCGUCAUUCAUUACCUGAAACCUCUAGACAUCAUUCAUUUUGCUGCUGUCUGCCUGCGCUUCCGAGCCCUUGCCACCGAAGACAUCCUAGUAUGGGCGCCCAUUUGUCGCGAAAUCCUGGGCUCUGGCUCAGCAGCGGAGUCCCCGCUACCAUGGGGCUUACCAACGUUCAGACGCCUGUAUACAGACCUUCUUAGGAUGUACGGACCGCUGCUUUGCGGUCCAUGGCUGAGCGCAUGCGCUCCGCUGGGCUCCCUCGUGGUCGCCUACCCCGAGCCGCCGUACAUCAUCGGUGCCGCAGUCACAAACCUGCGUCUAGGCGAUCCGGGCAUCACUGCCGUACCAAUUUUCCGGGUGUCGUACGACGCUGAUGCUGGCUCUGCCGUUGUCAGCUGCCUGCGCGCCAAGAAUACCUUCCACGCACUGGUGUUCCGUACGCUACCCCUGCACCAGUUCCUGGGUGAUCCCAUGGACCCCGACGUCGCUGAGGAGGAGGAGGAGCGACAAGGGCCGCAUGCAGCGGAGCUGCGGCUGCGGUACGGCACUGCGGCUGAGGAAGUAGAGGAGGCGUCAGAGGGGGAAGUUGAGCGGGCUAUGGAAGAAGACGAAGAGACGACGGAGGGUGUGGAGGAAGAAGAAGAAGAGACGACGGAUGAGACGGGGGAGCUUGAGACGGAUGAGGAUGUUGGCGAAGGAGAAGGAGAAGAGGUGGGAACGGGAGGUGGCGGGGAGGUAGCUGCUGAAGCCGAAGGAGGCGGCGGUGGUGAUGUUAGCACCAGCAGCAGCAGCGGCCAUGACAGCGGGGCCGCAGGUCGGGAGAAGGAGGUACGGCAGGAAAGCCCCGGCGGCGGGGCUGGUGGUGGUGAUGGUCUUCAACGGCGCCCUGUAUACGGUUGGGGCUGUGGCGGCGGCAGCCUGCGAGGCUUCAGCUUCCGGUGCAGCCGCGCCACCUGCUGUCACACGGAGGUGGAGGCGGUGUGCCGCUGGGACCCGGCCGACGCCCGGCAGCUCCCACCCGAGGCGUUGCAACCGCAACCGCAAACGGGUCCAUCCGGCUCCACUCCCAGCGCGGCAACCGGCGGCGCGGGCGGCAGCAGCAGCAGCACCAGCCCCAGCAGCAGCAGCGGGGACCUGCUGGACCUGCACGUGCCCACCGCCUACAGCUCCCGCGAGAGGGUCCACAUGGUGGCAUGGACGCUGCAGAGCCUGGUGGCGUACGACAGGGACAAUGGGGUGUCGUACAGGCGGCUGUACAACCCUGCGAGGCCCACCACCACCACCACCCCCGCCGCCACCACCUCCAAUGCACCAGUCGAAAGCUCCGCACCCACUGCCACAGCCGCCACCUCAUCGGGACCUGCCGCCGGCACUGCCGCUGCCACCGCAGCUCACGACGUCGCCCCCGCCGGAGCCGUACCUGAUGAGCCCGCCGUACCCUCCGCCGCGGCGGCGGCGGUGGCGGAGGCAGCGGCGGCGGAGGCGGUGGCGGCAGAGGGUGGCCGUCCUGGCGACGGCGCCGCGGCUGCUCCUCAUGAGGCGCUGCCAGCACCCGGCGGACCCCCGGCGGCGGCGGCGGCGGCGUCAGCUCCCAUGCAAGUGCCGCCGCAGCCGCUGCCGGUCCACCCACUGGAGGGCGUGUGGCGGGGCACGUACGGCGCCCACGGCAUUGAGGUGCUGCAUGUACGGCGGAGUGGGCCCGCGGUGCUGGAGGGACGCAAGCUGACGGGUGACGACAACGUCCCCGCCGGCGCCCUCUCCUUCCGUAUCUUCCUGGACCGUCCCCCGCCCCCCGCCUCCCCCCUGGCAGCCCUGCGCGGUAAGCCAUUCCGCCUGCCGCCCGACUACACCUCACGCGUGCAGCUGGAACCUGCUGACGCUGCUGCUGCUGCUGGGGGUGCUGCGGGCAGUGGGGGUAGUGGGGGUGGUGGGGGUGGUAGCGGUCCUGCUCUUCCGGCCGCCCCUGUGGUGGUGCUGGAGCUGCUGCCGGCGGAGGGGCAGGUGGCGAGCGGCGGCUUCCGACACCCCUCCUGGAUUGCCGCGGAGGUGGCGGUGCUGGGGGCGCACACGUUCGGACUGGCAUGG